AUGCGUCAAGACGACGAUGCGGAUGGGCCUAUCCUGCCAAAACCUCUCGCAGAACAUGCCGAAGAGGAAGGUCACUACGUUGAUAUCCACACCAUAGAUAACCCUCAUUUCACGGACUAUUCGCAUUAUCAGUCAGUCGGCGAAGGACUGGCUAGUACCGCUACGCUAGACGAAGACGGCAGGAUAGUAGUCUCUUUUGACUUACAGAAGAAGCUCCCCGAUCUUCACGAGGAUCACGCUCCGGAAGUCGACGAGUUCGCUGUGGAUACUGAAGCAUGGAAGACUCGCAACGUACCCAAGUUGAGUAUCGUCAUCAUGAUUGUGGGCAGUCGCGGGGAUGUCCAACCCUAUGUGGCUCUUGGGAAGCGGCUUCUCCAGGAUGGGCACCGUGUUCGCAUAGCGACUCACGACACCUUUCGGAAAUUCGUUCGUUCAGCCGGUCUAGAGUUUCACAACAUUGGCGGUGACCCUCAGCAAUUGAUGAGCUACAUGGUAAAGAAUCCUGGCCUUAUCCCUGGUAUAGAAUCUAUGACCAACGGCGACAUCGGUCGGAAACGCGAUAUGUUAAGAGAAAUGAUCAACGGCUGCUGGCGAGCAUGCUAUGAGCCAGAUGAUGAAACAGGUCAAGCAUUUGCUCCCGAUGUCAUCAUAUCCAAUCCGCCAGCCUUUGGGCACGUCCAUUGUGCCGAGGCAUUAGGAAUACCUCUACAACUCUCGUUCAGUGCGUUGAUGCUCAUUUGUCGCUUUGCGUGCUAA